GAGAGUGUUGCCGCUGAGUCUCAGUGCAGCGGUUGUUCUCUGAGUAACGGACAGAGGUGAAUUACACCAGCUCACAUGCGCGCGACUGCGAGGGAAUAAAAUGAAUAUACCGAACAGCCGUGGACUAAACAGCGCUAAACUAGAGUCGAGCCAUCUCUCCUAACCAGACGCGCCUGUGAGCUUUUUGUACUUUUUGAGGAGUUACAAGUGAGUUUUGGAAUAACUUUGGAUUUCACUCUCUCUACUGCAAAAGCAUAACCUUUCAGGAUGGAUGAAGGACAAUGCUACUACAACGAAACCAUAGCCUUUUUCUACAAUCGUAGUCAGAAGUAUCUGGCCACAGAAUGGAACCCCAUAAGCAAGCUAGUGAUGGGACUUGGGAUUACAGUAUGUAUUUUUAUUAUGCUAGCUAACUUGCUUGUAAUGGUGGCCAUCUACAUCAACCGUCGAUUUCACUUUCCAAUCUACUAUCUCAUGGCUAACCUAGCAGCCGCGGACUUCUUUGCGGGACUUGCCUAUUUCUACUUGAUGUUCAACACGGGACCCAAUACGAGAAGGCUAACAGUCAGCACGUGGUUGCUUCGCCAAGGCCUCAUCGAUACGAGCCUAACAGCCUCAGUUGCCAACUUGCUAGCUAUAGCCAUUGAGCGCCACAUAACUGUGUUCCGCAUGCAGCUCCAUACCCGAAUGAGCAAUCGACGAGUAGUUGUAGUUAUCGUCAUCAUCUGGACCAUGUCUAUCAUCAUGGGCGCCAUUCCUAGCGUGGGCUGGAACUGCAUCUGUGCCAUAGAUACUUGCUCCAACAUGGCUCCCCUCUACAGCAACUCCUACUUGGGCUUCUGGGCGAUCUUCAACCUGGUGACCUUUGUUGUGAUGGUCGUACUAUAUGCCCACAUAUUUAUGUACGUACGUCAGCGAACCAUGAGGAUGUCCCGGCACAGCUCGGGUCAACGGCGGAACAGGGACACUAUGAUGAGUUUGCUGAAAACAACCGUGAUUGUAUUGGGUGCUUUCAUUGUGUGCUGGACGCCUGGUUUGGUGCUUCUCCUGCUGGACGUGGUCUGCUCCAACUGCAAUGUCCUGACCUAUGAGAAAUUCUUCCUUCUUUUAGCGGAAUUCAACUCUGCCAUGAACCCUAUCAUAUACUCCUACCGGGACAAGGAGAUGAGCAUCACGUUCAAACAGAUCCUGUGCUGUCAGCGCCAGGAGAAUGUGAACGGCACAACAGAGGGUUCGGACCGGUCUGCGUCCUCCAUCAACCACACGGUCCUGAGCGGCAUGCACCAUAAAGACCAUUCAGUGGUCUGAGGUUCAACACGGGCCGGGAUCUACUUAGCAUAAGCGAGAAGAGACUGUGAAAAAGGCAUUUUCAUCAGCAAAAGACUUGUGGUUAUGAAGUUUUCUGUGCUGUUUCUGUCUUUAUAAUGUUUCGACAUGAUAUUGAACUAUUUAAAGGCUAAUCCAAGAGGAUCUAAGUUUAACAAAAAUCGUAUUUGUUCCCGAAAUGCCUUAAGUAUGGAAAGGUUGAAUGAGUAUUUUUUGGCUAGUUGUAAUUUUUUGGCCAGAUAGUUGUAAAUCGAGGAGUUACGUGAUUUUUUGUCUUGUACAGCAGGUGUUGAAGUGAAGGGCGUAGUAAAGUGUCCAGUGAAUCUGUUCUCAGUUUGCACUAGAAAGAAAGAGUGCACAUAAGGGGCCGCUGGGAAAUAACUUUGGUGAAUUAUGUAAAGUACUUGUUUGCUUUUUGUUUUGGUUUUGUUUUGCACUGCACUGCAGGUUCAUCCCUAUGAUACCAAGCUGCCACCAAACUGUACACCCAAAAAUACACUACUGGUCAAAAGUAUUUUAUUUUAUUUUAUUUUUUGGUCUAAUGAUUACCAAGGCUGCAUUCGUUCAAAAAUACAGUAAAGCAAUAAUGUUAAUGAAUUUGGGAAAAUUUAUGGAAACUGAUAUAUUACUACUCAGAAAGUAAGAUUAAGAGAGAAAGAGAGGAGACAUAAAUACUUUAUACUUCAUUCAGCAAAGAUGCUGACAUUUUCAAUGAUAAAACAUAUUUCUAUUUCAAAUAAAUGUAGUUCUUUUGAAACAUUUUUUUUCAAAGAAUGAAUUUUCACACAAAUAUUAAGGAGCAAAAAAUUGGUGAAAGCAAACUUAAUUUUCAGAAUUUAUAAUAAUAAGAACCGUUAUUAAUAACUGAGAACCAAUUCAAUUCAGAUUUGAUCACAGACAUAAAUUACAUUUUAAAAUAUAUUCAAAUAGAAAACAGUUAUGUUAAAUUGUAAUAAUAUUUCAUAAUAUUAAGGUUUUUGAUGAGCAUAGAAUUAUUAUUAUUUAUUUUUUUCAUAACCGUUGACCUGUAGUGUAUGGGGUCCAAAGAAGUUUAGAAUGUAGAUGAGUGAUUGAAUUUGAAUUUCACAUGACAAGGACCAUUAGAUAUUGAUGUGAAUCUGGGUAUACUUAUACCUCAGUAACUUGAAAAAAAAAACAAAUAAUUUACUCAACAACUUUAUCUUUUUCCUGACACACCAAAAAUGUAUAAUAUCAUUCCCAAUAAUUUUCUACAGGGAUCAAGUCCCAUGCCUUAAAUAUUUUUAAUCUUAAAGUCUUUUUAUUAAUUAAUGAAUUAUAUUUAGUUUUCUAUACAAGGUAUUCUGUACACUUUUCAAAUGAUAGUACAAAUGAAGAUACAUUUUAUGAAUGUCCAAUAUGUGGCCACAUAAUUGACUAAUUAAUUUAAGUGAUGCAACAUACCUUAUGUCAUGGCCUCAAUCAAAAUCAAAUGUCAUCAUGUUGAAAGAAUUGAAACAUUUCUUAUGGUUCAACAUGAUGGAAAUUAAAUGAUCAGAAACCCCUUUACUUCAUAUACCACCAUAUGUACUUAUGUAUAUAAUGUGUAUAUAUUCAUAUGUUAGUCAAAAAGGGAAUGUUUAUUGUUUAAAGUUAAACAUUUGAACCAAGGUAUAGCUAUUUUUUCGUCGUCUUUAAAAUCUAAUCCAUUCAUACAAAAUAACAUUUUGGCCAAACAUGGAAGGACAGGUGUUUUAGUACAGAAGUGUAACACUACAUACAGUGGCCCGAAAAAGUAUUUGAAUAUUUAAUCUACAUUUAAUGAUAAAUAUGACACUUUUUAAAUAUGACAACUCUUAUCUGUACUAUGUUCCUUUGUGAACUGAAGGAGACCUUCAGACAUUUGCUAAAAUAACUUUAACACCUGUUGACUGAAUUACCAAAAAAAUAAAAAAAUAAAAAACCUUCUCAAAAAAAAGAACGAUACAAUAAAAUUCAUAUAGAGCAAGUGUGACUUGUACGUUUUCAAAAAGUGCCACUAUAAUGCUAACAUCUGUGAAAUUAACAGUUUUAUGCAGUAUGGCAUAUUGUUCAUAAGAGGGGAAGUUUUUGUACACUAUGACGUUUAUUGAAAAUGAAUCCACUUUAAUAUGGCUGAAAUCUGAAGAUUUGCACACUUUGACAAAUGGAGGAGUUUUGGUUGAGAUGCUAUAUUUCUAAAACAUAUCAGUAUUAUCAGAAGUCUUACAAAAACAUACUAACAUUGCCAUAAGUGUUACAGUGAAAAUAUGCAUUGAUUCAACAUGGACGCUUGAGUUUCUUAAGAACUGGUCAUGUAAUUUGUCUUACCAGAAAAACUACCUAUAAAAACCUCUUUUUUUAUUUUUUCGCAAUAUCCGAGCAGCAAAUGUUCCAGCCUUGUUGUGAGUCUUUGCACUGUUGCGAAAGCAAGUUUGAAGCAGUCCAGUUCUUCAGAAAAGACAGCUGUGCUUGACAGGUCAUGGGCCAUAGGUUCAUUCUUGGUUCGAAAAACGACAGUGUUUCCUUUUACAUUUCAGCAAAUGUGACCAUUUCAGAAAAGAUACUUGUUCCCUUAUGAAGUCUGAACUCUGAAAUCCUGUAUGGUAACAUUCACUUAACAAUGUCAUCCAAUUAGUGAACCUUCCUAAAAUAAAUCUGUAGUCAAAUCCUCA